AUGGCCACCUUCGAAGGCCUCACCAUCACCCGCUCCGACUUCUUCGACAACAUCGACCGCAUCCGCCGCCCAAGCAGUCUGGACUCCAAGAGCACCUGCCCUGGCCCCUGUGGUCGCCCGAUGGUGCGCCAGGCCCCCAACAACCUCAUCGAAACCGCCAUCAUCCUCCACGGCGAGCACGUCGUCGGCGAAGAUUGCGCCAAAGAAUACCUCGAGACUCAGAACACCUGCCCGGAGUGCAAGGUGAUCCUCUUCGUAGAAGAACCAGGAACCGACGACCGCGUCAAUCUUCUGCGUAUCUGGAAUUUGCAGCUCCUCCAACUCCGAUACAGCGAGAACGGAAACGAGGCGAUGAGGGGGAAGCUGCACGAUAUGUGGCAAGACUUCAUCGAUGCUCGCGCUGAACUCUUCCUUGCUGGUGGGAUGGAUGCUCCAAAAGCGGAGUACGGCGUGUAUCGGGAACAAGCCAGAUGCCCAUCGAGAAACACUCUCCGCGGCUGGCGCACCGUCGACGCAGAGGUCCUGGUGUCACAACUGAUUCGCGUCUUCGACACGCUGUUCGUGGAGUUCAGUUAUCCUGUCACCCAGAAGCCGCGAACAGAUUCCCUUGUUGCCGGAGCCGGGCACGACGACGACAAAUUGAAGGUCUCAUGUCAUCCUCUGGCAGCGAAACUGCGCGAACAGAUGAUCAGCACCCUGUGGGAGUACGACGACUGCACGGUCCCGGCCUUCCGCAUCAGACACCAGUUCAACUCAGUCUGGCCAGAAUAG